UUUAAAAGCCUAUUUCUUCAUUUCUCUCUGUAAACGUUUCUUCGAAAGAUCAAUUAACAAAACAAUCAUCUUCUUCCUCAAUUUCUUCUUCUACUUCUCAUCUCUUUUCUGUUCUUCUUUGUUAAACCCAAUCUGGGUCUAUCAUCGUCUUCGAGGAGCCUGCGUGCUAGGGUUUCUCCGCCUUCUUCCUUCCCUUAUUUUAGAUCUCAAAAGGUAGAAGCAGCUCAUUACAGGAACCAUGAUGUCCUUUGAAAUGAAUGACCGGAAAAAAAUCGGGUUAGGCCUGACAGGAUUUGGCGUAUUCUUCUCGUUUUUGGGAAUAGUCUUUGUCUUUGAUAAGGGAUUACUUGCCAUGGGAAAUAUUCUUUUCAUCUCGGGGGUUAGUCUAACCAUUGGCUUCAAGUCUACCAUGCAGUUCUUCAUGAAGCGUCAAAAUUAUAAGGGAACCAUCUCUUUUGGCGUCGGUUUCUUCUUUGUUAUCAUCGGGUGGCCUAUCUUGGGAAUGAUGUUGGAGACCUAUGGCUUUUUCGUACUCUUCAGUGGCUUCUGGCCUACCUUGGCAGUCUUUGCUCAGAAGAUACCCGUUCUCGGUUGGAUUAUUCAGCAACCAUAUAUUAGAUCGUUCUUUGACAAGUACCGGGGCAAGCGUGUGCCGGUCUAGUCUUCCAUCCCGAGUAGAGAGACGAUUCACUGAGCUAGAUGCAGCUGAACAGGCGAUUAAAGUUUUUGGAAGAAGAAGUUGGUGACUCCUGUAGAAAACUAAAACCAUAGGAGAAAGAAAAUAGGAAGGAAAAGAACGUACAAUUUGAAGCUGUGUGUCUAUGUACUUGAGAGAAAAACUCAGUGACUUAAUGCUCUUUGAUGGAGUUUGUAAACGUUUUGGUUGUUUAACUCUGACAAAUCGGUUAGCCAAAUCUUGUUUUGGCAAUACGUCGUCGCUUGCUUUUUGCAUACAUAUAAAAAUUGAUUAGCGGUUCCGGUUUAAUGUGUAAUUCAAAUGUGGUUCGGUUUAUGAGGACUGAUUUUUGAGGUCCACUUGGAAGUUGCAACUUUGCGAGUUUAAGGGACCG